CCAGUUAAAAUCCGAUUUUUUUCCUAGUCUCACACAAUAUUAUCAUUCUUCCCUUGUUAUUGUUUUGUUUUGGUCAAUUUUAAUAGCGGACGAGGCUCCAAAGGGUGAGAUUUAAUACUCUACACACGCGUGAGAACCCGAGAACAUUGCACUUUUAUGCAAUGAUCAGUUAAACAAGGACAUUAAAUCAAGAACGGCACACCUACAAAACCAAGACCAACGAGACCAUAUCAAUUUGCAAUUAGCAGGAAUCAGCAGAAAUUAAACUGGACAAAGGGACAAAUUAGGGCUAACCAUUAGUCGUUCACUGAUUAAAAGUGAUUAAUAUUUUUCCUGACUAUCUCAAAGAACAUGUUUUCUUGCUGUCAAAUUAAAGACGACAAGGUAUUUCUAGAGUAAGAUGUUUGAUGAUGAUGGCACGUAGUGCUGAGAGUUGACGAAGACGACGACAUGACGAGAAGAACAACGGAAAAGUAGUGACAAUAUUAUCUGACAACACUAGUAGUUUCCCUGCUGGUUAGUUGAACUUUCCAGGGUCCCCCACCCCUCUCAGAAAAAUGGACCAUCAAGUUAAGAAGAUUGAGCGUGGAAACCGAUGGAGCGAGCGCUUUGAGAACUUGGAGCUGGAAGCGCUGUUCCAACAAUAUUGCUCCAAGGUUCAGAAUCGAUCCACCUUCCUCAUAUUUGCUCUGGGAAACGCCAUUUUCGCCACAUUGUUCAAUCUGUCCGUGGAGAUGAUGGUGUUGGCCCUCAUUUUUGUUUCCCUCACAGCUCUCUGGCUCCUAGAAAAAUUUUACGGGCGGGGAUGGAUGCUGACGUCCGCCUGGGUAAUGUGUUCCAUAUUGUUUGUCCUCGUCUGGGCCCCGGUUCCACUACCACAUCGAGCAGUACACGGUGCUGGUGCAGGGCCCCCAGCUGUCGCUGCUGAAGGAGCGUGGGCCAUCUCGUACGUGCUGUUCAUAGCCUUUGUCUCCCUAGAAGUACCCUUGUGGUUGGCAGCUCUGCUCAUGGUCUUCCUAGUCUCGGGACAUAUCGCGACGGCAGUACUUUUUUGUGACCUUUUUCGAUUCCUCACAGUAUCAGAGUUGAUUUCCAACGUUGUGCUCUGGAUGGUGAUUGGGAUUAGUGGAUUUUGGAUACGUCGACGAGCAGAAGGUGCAUGUAGGAAAGCAUUUCUAGACACGAGACAAUCCAUCCAAGCCAGAUUGGAUGCACACGAUGAGAACGAUAAGCUCGAACGGCUCCUAUUGUCCGUAUUGCCUGGACAUGUGGCUCACGAAAUGAAAUUGGAUCUCCAAAAAGACCGUGGCUUUUUGGUGCCUCCCGUGGCUAGACAGUUUCACAAAAUUUACAUUCAGCGUCAUGAAAAUGUGUCGAUUGUGUUCGCUGACAUUGUCGGAUUCACGACGUUGGCCUCUCAUGUUUCUCCUCAUCAACUUGUCAGGCUGUUGAAUGAACUUUUUGGAAAAUUUGAUCAAUUAAGUCAGGAAAAUAACUGUCUUCGGAUUAAAAUUCUUGGCGAUUGUUACUACGCCGUGGCAGGGCUCCCUGAUCCUAGGACCGACCAUGCUCGUUGUGCUGUGGAAAUGGGGCUCGACAUGAUUGAUGCAAUUUCUGCCGUACGAGAAGCCACCGAGUUCCAGCUCAAUAUGCGCGUCGGAAUUCACUCGGGUCGAGUUCUAUGCGGCGUUCUUGGACUCAGGCGCUGGCAGUUUGACGUCUGGUCGAAUGAUAGUACAAUCGCAAAUUUGCUAGAAAGCACAGGCGAGCCCGGUCGAGUACAUGUCAGUCAAGCUACGCUAAACUGUCUUGGUGGUGAAUAUCAAGUGGAACCUGGGAACUGUCGGCACAGCACAUUAAGAGAAAACAGCAUCACUUCCUAUUUCAUAGUUCCACCACAACGACGAAGAAAACUGCUCUUGUUCAACACGCUCAAAAUGCACUCGCAGCGUAGAAAACUUUCCUUUAAAAAUGUGUCAAAUGUGGUCAUCCAACUUCUUCAUUCCAUCAAAUAUUCGGUCGAAGUUCCAUUCGCAAAUAUUGCUUCUCAACCACCAGAACCGGGAGCAAAAACGUUGCCACAUCAGAGGAAGGCAAGCGUGACUGAACGAUUCAAAAGGCCAUUUAAGAAACGGCACGCCUCAAUUCUUCACCAAACGACAAAUCGGACCAAUAAGCAUCUUGGUCAAGCUAUUUUGGCAAGAAGUAUCGACCGUGAGAAGAAGGAACAUGUUCACAAAGUGACGCUAUGCUUCAAGGAUAGAAAUAUGGAACAACUUUACCACUCAGAACCGGACCAUGCCUUUCCUUCUGGCCUAGCACUCCUACUUUUGAUCCUCGUAGGCGUUGGCGUCAUUCAAGCCGUCGUUCUUCCCAGAACUUUUAUACUUUUGCUACUCUUCCUCACCAGUUUUGCCUUCAUUGCUGUCGUUCUCAUGCUUCUUCUCGCGAAUAGGUUGAAACUUAUCAUGUGCGACUUUUCACUCUCGCCCAUGCUCAGAAUUGGAAUCUCCGUAUUCUCCGUUCUGCUCGUCUAUGCUGUAGGACAAGUCAAUGUGUUUACAUGCCGCACUGAUGAAUAUUGCGGAGGGAAAGUGGACAACGACAAUGUAUCCAGAGCGGCAUUCGCUCCAGAAAAACUGAUUGGGGAACACAGAUGGUGUCCCCUCCCCCACUACAUCACAUUUUCUUGCGUGUUGUCGUUCGUCUCGAUCUGCUUAUUCCUUCGACUUCCCGUCACACUCAAAACAGCUCUUUUGCUCAUUUUUGGAUCUUUAUACUCUUUCAUGAUACUGAUUACUCAUUCAGCAAUAUUUGACUGCUUCGAUGUUCGCACGGACUCGGUGGGUCCUUCAAGUUCAAAGGUGAUAGCACUCGUACAGAUCUGGCUCUUUCUGUUCACCGUUUUGGCUGCAGCCUUCCAACACGAAUGGAUGGCACGAUUAGACUUUUUGUGGCAAUGGCAGGCUCACUCAGAGCGUCAAGAAAUGGAAGCAUUGCAACAAUCCAAUCGAAAAAUAUUGUUCAACAUUCUUCCCAGUCAUGUGGCAAUGUACUUUCUCACGGCAAAGUGCAAUGUGGAUUUGUACCAUCAAAGUUACAACAAAGUUGGCGUGGUAUUCGCCAGCAUCCCAAAUUUUCAUGAGUUUUACACAGAGUCAGACGGAUCGCAUCAAGGGAUCGAGUGUCUCCGGCUGCUCAACGAGAUCAUUGCAGAUAUUGAUGAGUUGCUGGAUGAAGACAGGUUUCGAUCGAUAGAUAAAAUCAAGACGAUCGGGUCCACGUACAUGGCAGCUGUGGGGCUAACUCCAGAUCAUUGUAUUGAUGAGUCAAACGAACCUCUUUAUGUUUCUACACUGGUCGAAUUUGUGUUUGCCAUGAUGGAGCGCCUCGUCACAAUCAACGAAAAUUCAUACAACAAUUUUAUCCUCAGAGUCGGUCUAAAUGUGGGUUCAGUCACAGCGGGUGUAAUUGGUGCCCGUAUGCCACAGUUCGACAUCUGGGGGGAUACAGUCAAUGUAGCGUCCAGGCUGGAGAGUCAUGGGAAGAAUGGAAAAAUUCAUAUCACGGAAGAUGUAUACCAAGUUCUGCGCCACUGUCCAUACGAGUUUCAGUGCCGCGGAAAAAUAAAUGUAAAGGGGAAGGGCGAAAUGACAACGUAUUUUUUGCUUGAUCGAAAACAGUCAACCACAAUGCGUAUCGAUGAGGUGCAUCCAACACCAAGUAAUCUGAGUCGAACAAAUGCCUUUGGUGGGAUUGCAACCCCACUUGCCUACCUCCAGCAACAACAACUGUCCAAUAGUGGACCACCGCCCGCAGUUCCACCCCGAAAUCCAAACAACAGCAGUGGAAGCAGUGUAGGUCACCGUGCUAUCAAUAUGCCAGCUGAAUGCGAACCUCUUCUUCCACCACCGCCACCUCCUCCAAGAAAUCUCGAGGGUGAAAUGGCAUGGCCAAGAAUGGUCAAAGUGUAUCCGUCCGAUAAUAGGAGAACAUCUCCAGUUAAAAGAACACACAGUGAUCGAGUUACUCCAACUCGCGAGAUUCCGGUCAGAACGAGAAAUUUCCGUACUCCAGGAAACUUGGGUCCACUGGAAAUAAGUAGUCGAGGCCUGCGAGGAAGAAAUAUGUCUGAAACGAGUCUGUCCUCGCGUCCGCAUCACCUCCGAUCACGAGCACCACUGUUGGGAGCAUCCGCUUCUGGAGGACCAGUGCCAUACUCCUCCGUGGACGAUAUCUCCUCUCUAAAUCCCAGCUCGGGCAGUUCCUCGUCUGACGAGUCCCCUUCAGAACUCUCCCACCCGGACGACCACAGCCCCAUGAAUCCCAACAGAGGAGCUGGAAUAGUUGGUGCAAAUAGUAAAGAGACGUCUUCUUCUGGUCAUCAAAAGUCUCUCCCUGUGGCGCCUAAUCUAUCUGCACUCAAAGAGAUUUGUGCCACGGCAGCGUCUUCCGAUGGUCUAUAUGACAGUGGAAGUGUCGCCAAUGUGUCGAGUAAGCAGCAGCAACCACGAACUGUUCCUGUCCACAAUGCCACGAACUAUUUGGGCGAUUCCUGUACCAGUUUCGAGUUUCUGGGAAAAAGUGAUCAGCAAGGACAUCAUAAUCAACAACCUUCGUCUGAGGAUCGUCUGCUCCUUCUUCCCUCCUCCUCCUCCACCACAAACAAUACAUCGGCUGUUGAAACUCAACGAUCUUCCAGUUCAAAUAAAGGUGGUGGUGGGGGAAGUGGACACUCACACACCUCGUCUCAAGGAAGCAAUGCUGGUCACAGAAAAAAUUCUAAGAGGAAAACACCUCCAAGUUCAGUGAUGGUUUCUCAUACAAAUUCUGGGACGACGGAGGGACAGAAUGGAACUGGGCGUUCCGGAGGCAGCAACAACAAUGGGGCGGGUGGAGGCAAUAAUGGUGACGAUGGUUCAAGUACUCAUUCAACCGGAGCUAGAAAAGAUUCCAGUUGUCAGACAGAGAAAUCUUACGUGAAAGGAAAUCAGAAUCGGAUUUCUGAUUUUGAAAAGGAAAUAAAAAAGUUGCUGGAAAGACAACACCUUCCUCAAGUGGACGAGUUGGCCUCUGUUCAGAAGGUUUUGUCUGCAAUGGGCAAGCUUGGAAGUCCAAAUCCCAGUAAACGACGAGAGCUUGGCGGGGGAGGCCCUUCCACAUAUUCUGGCUUAUCUUUCCCGCUGUUAGCCAUGGGCGGAAGUGGUUUAUUAGGCAGAAGCGGUGGUGAAACGACGCAAAUUGGACUCGCUGCCCUGCAACAUAAAGCCAUGAAGCAGCAGGAGCAGUUGGAAAAGACCCCGUUGGGCUUUCGAUUUCCUCUCCAAAUGAGCCCACUCCUUGUCCCCAAAGCUCAUGCUGCUCAGUUCCGUAGGCCGAGGAAAUCGGGUAAAGACUCCGAGUACGAGAACGUGGAGACUGACGAGGACGACGAAGCUGAACGAGAGGAAGAAGAAAUCCGCAAGUUUGAGGAAGAGGAGAAGCGAAUUCUAGGAAAACCUGUAGGGGACGAAGUAAGUCAAUCUGAAUGGAGUGAUGAGGAUAGCGAACACGGCGACGUGGAUGAUGAUCAAGAAUCCACCGGCUAUGUAACUGACGAUCCUGCGUUGGAUAACAUUUCGGUCACGAACGAAAAUGGUCUCACGGACUGUGAAGGAGCGAUGAGCGACGUAAACUCUGUGUAUGCUGGUGACGACGACGUCAGCAUUUCUUCACGAGCAUCCUCUCGUCUCUUCGACUCUGACGCUUUAGUUUCAAUGGACUCACUCAACACCGUUUCAAUGUUUGAGGACUCCGAGUACGAAUUUUCGGAUACGCAUCUUUCCAACCUGAGAUCCAUGACUGAGUCAAUUGCUGCGAAAUUUGGAGCGCCCCCGGAAAGGAGGGCUGACUCUGAUUCAGACUAAAUGAUUGAUAUACACAAACUAGAACUCCUAGUGCUAGUACUGCUACAAGUACUACUACCUACGUAUAAAUGUAGUACUAUUUAAACAAAUCUCGCUAAUAUAAUAUAAUCAGCGCUUUUGUCUGAGUGACUUUUGCGUUUGUGCGUGUUUACUGAAUUAAAUUAUUGUUAAAAGGCCUUCUGUUUUAAAUCAUUGUUACUGUUGUCUUUGUAAUCGACGGCCAUGCUCGCUUCCUAGACUUGACUAAAACUCAAGAUACUUUUAUUACUAACUGCCAAAGAAAUGCAAUUAAUUAAAAUUUGUCCAUAAGUACAUAAUAAUGUUGUAAUACUUGUCUUAGUGAAAGAAUCUCGACGACAAUCUUUUGUACUCUGUGUUUUAUGUAACAAUAAAAUGACGUUAAAAAUUGAAA